GUGCUUCAGGAGUUUUUCUGACCAUGCCCGAGCCCGCCAAGUCCGCGCCCGCCCCGAAGAAGGGCUCCAAGAAGGCGGUGACCAAGGCGCAGAAGAAGGACGGCAAGAAGCGCAAGCGCAGCCGCAAGGAGAGCUACUCGGUGUACGUGUACAAGGUGCUCAAGCAGGUGCACCCCGACACCGGCAUCUCGUCCAAGGCCAUGGGCAUCAUGAACUCCUUCGUCAACGACAUCUUCGAGCGCAUCGCGGGCGAGGCGUCGCGCCUGGCGCAUUACAACAAGCGCUCGACCAUCACGUCCCGGGAGAUCCAGACGGCCGUGCGCCUGCUGCUGCCCGGCGAGCUGGCCAAGCACGCCGUGUCCGAGGGCACCAAGGCCGUCACCAAGUACACCAGCUCCAAGUAGACGCGCGAGCAAGCGGCCCAAUUCCUAACCAAAAGGCUCUUUUCAGAGCCACCCA